GUAGACACAAAGAGCAAAACCAGCAUAAGUAAGCCUCUAGUUUAACCCUUCCAAUGUUCCAAACUCCAACAAAACAGCCAAAACGCAUCAAAUCCAUGGGCCAUCCCAAGUACCAAAAAAAAAUUAAGACACAAAUUUCAACAUCCACAUCAACCUCACUCACCCCUCUAUAAAUAUUUUCCCUUCCCCUUCACAACAUUCAUCAAUUCCUCAAACGCACAUCACAGAUCACAGAUUAAGAAGAGAACAUCAUCAUCACAAAGACACAACAUGGAGGCAGUUCAGUCAUGGGUUUCAAAGAACAAGCUCACCAGCAUUGGGGCACUCUGGGCAUCUGGAAUCGGAACAUCACUCGUGGCUUAUUCAUGCAAAAAGUCUCCAAUGAAGCCAAGUCUGAGGCUUAUCCAUGCUAGAAUGCAUGCUCAGGCGCUAACUUUAGCAGUGCUGUCUGGUGCAGCUGCUUAUCAUUAUUAUGAGAAACGUUCUGUUGAGCCAAAACCAGUGGCGGAUAAUAUUCCUGCUCCCAGUCCCAAUGUCACCCAGAUGCUUGAAUAUGAACUCCACACUCCUUUCUAAAUUACAAAUUAAACUAUAGGGGUCUUGUUAUUAAUAUUAAGACGAUCGAUCAUGAUCCUAUCAUCAAGUUAUCGCUUUUUAAUUCUGUUGUGUAUUUUGAUGAAUGAUCUGACCUCAGAACUAAUAUUGUCGUGCAAUGAAGCAUUUCUAUGAUCUGAGGGAUCCCAAGACUAUCUAAAUUUUCUGAUGUACAUAUUCAACUUUUAUGACAAGUUUCAGGUUGAAUUAAAAUUUA